AUGUUGGCCAUUAACUUGCUCGAAGAUAUUGACCAUCAACUUGAAGGUACUGGUAGAAAUAGCAGCCCAGCAGAUCCUAGGCGCGCCACGGCAGACCCCAGCCCUGCAACCCGUCUGUCCCACGUCCGCAACGACUUAGUCCAUAGGCUAGAGGCCUACUCCCACCGCAUAGCCUGCAACAGAGUCUCUCCCAACACAGCGGCCGAGUUCCUCAGCGAGUCGAUUGGUACGCUGAAGAUCUUCCUCAUCUACCAGGACCACUUGGACCCGAGCCAGACAACUCACUGCUUUGCGGAACGGGUUUUCGAUAUCACCAGAGCGCUAAGAAUUACCAGCAGUCUCACGAGGCUUUAUAAGACUUUCAACGAGGUUGAGACGAAGAAUCUGGUGGAUCUCUUCAAUAUCCUGAGCAUGCAGGUUGGGGCGUUGGCAAUCCAUGGCGGCGACGAUAAGAUGGCGCAUUUGUCAAGGGCGCGAAUCGGGUGCAUUGAUACGCUGCUGAGCACGCUACCGGCUGAUGAGACAUCGGUCGCGCUACGGCGGAUUUUGCAUGCUUUGCGGGUGGUUGAUCCGGAGUGUGGGUGCUUUGCGUGUUACAGUGAUGCUGGGUAA